CUGAACGGACACGAGAGUGGUCGUAAUAUAUAUGCAUUUCCUGUCACAGUGCCUUCAGUGUAAACCGCAACCAUAAGAAGACACCCCGAACGGGGAUAAAGGCUGCGGAAGGGACGCUGUGACCCGCAAACCUGCUUCAGAGGUCGGACUGACUCGGGACUCAUAUGGAGCAGCUGGAUGGUGGCAAGGCCUUGUCGUUUUGUGGCAACAACAGCAGCGCGUACAGCGUGGCAACGGGCGUGCUGAACAAUGGCUGCUUCGUGGAUGCUCUCAACCUGGUUCCUCAUGUCUUCCUGCUCUUCAUCACCUUCCCCAUCCUCUUCAUUGGCUGGGGCAGUCAGAGCUCUAAAGUGCAGAUCCAUCAUAACACAUGGCUUCAUUUCCCUGGGCACAACAUGAGGUGGAUCCUCACCUUCUUGCUUCUAUUCGUCCACGUGUGCGAGUUUGCAGAGGGCAUUGUCUCCAACAAGGUGAUGGGUACCAACCACCUCCAUCUUUUUGUGCCAGCAUUCAUGGGUUUUGUAGCAGCUACAACAUCAGUAGUUUACUACCACAACAUAGAGACAUCCAACUUUCCCAAACUGCUGCUUGUCCUUUUCAUCUACUGGGUGUUGGCGUUCAUCACGAAGUCCAUUAAGCUGUGGAAGUUUGCAGAGUUCAACGUUGGACCACAGCAUCUGAGGUUCUGCAUCACAGCGAUGCUGGUGAUCCUGUAUGGACUCCUGAUGGCCGUGGAGAUCAAUGUCAUCAGAGUGAGGAAAUACGUAUUCUUUGCCAAUCCUCAGAAGGUGAAACCACCAGAAGAUUUACAGGAUUUGGGAGUUCGUUUUCUGCAGCCUUUUGUCAACCUGCUGUCCAAGGCGACAUAUUGGUGGAUGAAUCCUCUCAUCAUCGGAGCCCAUAAGAGGCCCAUAGAGCUGAAGAAAAUUGGCAAGCUGCCCAUCGCCAUGAGAGCCCUCACCAACUACCUGCGGCUUAAAGACGCCUAUGAGGAUCAGAGGACACCCGAGGACCCGGAUCGCGCUCCCUCGAUCUGGCGUUCCAUGUAUCGAGCGUUUGGGCGUCCCAUCCUGCUCAGCAGCACCUUCCGUUACUUGGCGGAUCUGCUGGGCUUUGCUGGGCCGCUCUGCAUCUCUGGCAUCGUCAGGCACCUGAAGGCUAAAAAUGAUGAUCCAACAGAAGGAAAGAUGAAGGAGACCUAUUUGGGCGUCUACUUCAUGUCUUCCACUGAGCUGCUGCAGAACAGCUCCGUCCUGGCUGUUCUUCUCUUCCUGGCUUUAAUCCUGCAGAGAACCUUCCUGCAGGCCUCGUACUACGUCACCAUUGAAACAGGCAUCAACAUGCGAGGAGCUCUGCUGGCAAUGAUUUACAACAAAAUCCUGCGCCUAUCCACCUCCAACAUGUCCAUGGGGGAGAUGACGUUGGGGCAGAUCAACAACCUGGUGGCUAUAGAGACCAACCAGCUCAUGUGGUUCCUCUUCCUCUGCCCCAACCUGUGGGCCAUGCCCGUACAGAUUGUGAUGGGUGUAAUCCUGCUCCGCCAUUUGUUGGGCUGGAGUGCCGUGGUAGGAGCGUCUGUCAUAGUUCUGUUGGCUCCAGUCCAGUACCUUAUAGCAACAAAGCUAGCAGACACACAGAAAAACACACUAGAACACUCUACAGAUCGACUGAAAAAGACCACAGAGAUCUUAAAGGGGAUAAAGCUGUUGAAGCUUUAUGCCUGGGAGAAUAUCUUCUGUGACAGCGUGGAGGACACCAGAGGCAAAGAGCUCACCAGCCUCAAAACCUUUGCCUUCUACACAUCUAUGUCCAUUUUUAUGAAUGCUGCUAUUCCCAUUGCCGCCGUUCUUGCGACAUUUGUGACACAUCACUUCAUCAAUGAAAAUGGACCCGAACCCUCGGAGGCCUUCGCAGCUCUGGCGUUGUUUCACAUCCUGGUCACCCCGCUGUUCCUGCUGUCCACUGUUGUCAGAUUUGCCGUGAAGGCUCUGGUCAGUGUCCAGAAGCUUGGUGAGUUUCUUCAGAGUGAUGAAAUUGGAGACGACAGCUGGAGAAACGGUGACAUAUCUGUUUCCUUCGAGGCUGGAAAGAAACCCCUGGGGAUGACCAAAGCCAUCAACAGGAAGCAGCCAAUGCGCUACCAGAUGGACAACUAUGAGCAGCCAACCAGGCGACAGAUGAGACCCUCGGAGACGGAGGAUGUGGCUGUAAAGGUGACGGGUGGAUCCUUCACCUGGGGAAAUAACCUACUGACACUGUCAGACAUCAACAUCCGCAUCCCUACAGGUCAGCUGACAAUGAUUGUGGGCCAGGUGGGUUGUGGGAAAUCCUCCCUGCUGCUGGCCAUGCUUGGAGAAAUGCAAGCCAUUGAGGGAGGAGUCUACUGGAGCAAGCUGCCUGAUAGUGAGGUGAUCCACGAGGGGAACAUAAGUUGGUCAGGGGCAGAGGAGUCUGAUGAAGACAACAGGAGCAAGAACAGAAACUCUGUGGCCUACGCUGCCCAGAAGUCCUGGCUGCUCAACGCUACAGUGGAGGAAAACAUCACCUUCGGCAGCCCGUUCAGCAAACAGCGGUACAAAGCAGUGAUUGACGCCUGCUCUCUGCAGCCAGACAUCGACCUGCUGCCUUUUGGAGACCAGACUGAGAUUGGAGAGAGAGGCAUCAACCUGAGCGGAGGUCAGCGACAGAGAAUCUGUGUGGCCAGAGCUUUGUACCAGAACACCAACAUCGUCUUCUUGGAUGAUCCAUUCUCAGCACUGGACAUCCACCUCAGUGAUCACUUGAUGCAGGAAGGAAUCCUCAAAUUUCUGCAGGAUGACAAACGAACUGUGGUUCUCGUUACCCACAAACUGCAAUAUCUUAUACAUGCAGACUGGAUUAUAGCAAUGAAGGAUGGGACAGUACUGCGAGAGGGAACUCUGAAGGACAUUCAGACUCAUGACGUUGAACUCUAUGACCACUGGAAAACCCUGAUGAACAGGCAGGAUCAGGAGCUGGAGAAGGAUAUACAGCAGGACAGUCAAACAACACUUGAGAGGAAGACACUGAGGAGAGCUUUCUACUCCAGAGAGGCCAAGAGCCAAAUAGAUGAUGAAGAUGAAGAAGAAGAAGCAGAGGAGGAAGACGAUGAUAACUUUUCUACAACCACCAACAGAAGAUCAAAGAUACCAUGGAAGGUGUGCUGGUGUUACCUGUCUUCUGGGGGUUUCUUCAUGGUUUUCCUCAUGGUUUCCUCUAAACUCGUCAAACACUCCGUCAUUGUUGCCAUUGAUUACUGGCUGGCUAACUGGACGUCCUCCAAAAACAGCAGCAAUGCCACAAUGACACCAGCUGUGAAGGCUGAGCAGAACUACUAUCUGUCAGUGUUCAUUGUCUUGUGUGCGGCUGGAAUCACUUUAUGCCUCAUCACAUCCCUCUCUGUGGAGUUUCUGGGUCUUUCUUCAGCCACCAACCUGCACCACAACCUGCUUAACAAGAUCAUUCACGCUCCAGUCAGGUUCUUUGACAUCACUCCUUUGGGGCAGAUCCUCAACAGAUUCUCAGCUGAUACCAACAUCAUUGACCAGCACAUUCCUCCAACGCUGGAAUCUUUGACGAGAUCCACGCUGCUCUGUUUGUCGGCCAUCGGGGUCAUAGCCUCGAUCACUCCUUUUUUUCUGGUCGCCUUGGUCCCCCUGGCUGUGGCCUUCUACUUCAUUCAGAAGUAUUUCCGGGUCGCCUCCAAGGACCUCCAAGACCUCGAUGACUCAACACAGCUUCCUCUGCUCUGCCACUUCUCUGAGACUGCAGAAGGUCUCACCACCAUAAGAGCAUUCAGACAUGAGGCUCGUUUCAAGCAGCGCAUGUUGGAGCUGACGGACACCAAUAACACAGCAUACCUGUUUCUGUCUGCCGCCAACCGCUGGCUGGAGGUCAGAACGGACUACCUUGGAGCAGUGAUAGUAUUGACGGCGGCAGCAGCCUCAAUAUGGAGUUUCCAUUACGGUCUUCCUUCUGGAGGUCUGGUGGGCCUCGGCCUCACCUACGCCCUCACUGUCACCAACUACCUGAACUGGGUUGUGAGGAACCUGGCAGAUCUGGAGGUUCAGAUGGCAGCUGUGAAGAAGGUCAACAGCUUCCUCGGCACAGAGUCGGAGAACUACGAGGGAUCUAUGGAUGCCUCUCAGGUCCCUGAGAAUUGGCCCCAGGAAGGUGAGAUAAAGAUCCAGGACCUGUGUGUGCGCUACGACCCGAUGCUCAAACCGGUGCUCAAACACGUCAAUGCGUACAUCAAACCAGGCCAGAAGGUGGGAAUCUGUGGCCGCACAGGCAGCGGGAAGUCUUCCCUGUCGUUGGCUCUUUUCAACAUGGUGGAUAUUUUUGAAGGAAAGAUCGUCAUUGAUGGGAUUGACAUCUGUAAACUUCCUCUUCAGACUCUCAGGUCACGACUCUCGAUCAUCCUCCAGGACCCUGUCUUAUUUAGUGGAUCAAUAAGGUUUAAUCUUGAUCCGGAGAAGAUGUGCACCGAUGAUCGACUGUGGGAGGCCCUAGAGAUUGCUCAGCUCAAGAACAUGGUGAAAGCUUUGCCUGGAGGCCUAGAUGCUGUUGUGACAGAAGGAGGAGAGAACUUCAGCGUCGGGCAGCGGCAGCUCUUCUGUUUGGCCAGAGCGUUCGUCAGAAAGAGCAGCAUCCUCAUCAUGGAUGAAGCCACAGCAUCCAUAGACAUGGCCACGGAGAACAUCUUACAGAAAGUCGUGAUGACGGCGUUUGCAGACAGAACGGUCGUAACAAUCGCACACCGUGUCCACACCAUCCUAACAGCUGAUCUGGUCAUUGUGAUGAAACGAGGCAACAUCAUGGAGUACGACAAACCUGAGACUCUUUUGGAGCAGGAGGACGGGAUGUUUGCUUCGUUUGUCAAAGCUGACAUGUAGGGAUGCACGGGACCCAACGGCUGCACAGUUUGUUUGUUUUUUAACCUGAAUUACUUUCUUGAACAGCCCUCUAAAAGACUGCAGCACUCUGGGGAAGCCGGUAAUGUACUGUUUCAGCGAGGAGAAGCUUUCCUGUGCACUCAGCAAACAGAGACACUACCAAUUGCCUGUUAGUGUAUUUAAGAAGUCACACUUAAAGCAGUCAGGAAGUUAAAACAGGUUAAAAUCUAAAGUUAUUUGUCAUUGAGUAAUGUUUUUUAUUUUCUUAUUGUCAAUAAAUCCCAUGAAUGACCAAACCUACAAUAAAAUAUGUUCCCAACCAUACAAAUAUGUACCCUACUAAACAACAGAGUGCCAAAAAGUGCAGUUCUUUGAGCGGCCACUUGAGGCUGACACCAAACGUGAGUCACUCCCCAUAGACUCCCAUGAUAAAAUGUUCAACUUUACAGCAGAAAAAAAAAAAACAUGUUUACAACCUGAUACUAAAAAAUUUUGUCUGGUCUCUUCAGGCCCCAGUCACGCACACUUAGAGACCGGUCAGUGACACACAGACACACACCCCCAGGUAAUCACCAGUCACUAGGGUGACCAACCUGACUGGUUGGCAAGUGGUUGCUGUUGCUUGGUGAAAUCAAAGAGGUGAACGGUGUUGCAUUCAAAACCUCCUUGUAAUUGCUUUAAUUUGGUCUGUAGAAGGUUGCCCCAGUUUGUACGGAAGAUCCAAAGACCCACCAACUACUCACUACUCGGCAGUGAAACUGUGAAGACUGUGAUGCAAACUGGAAAUGACGACCGCUUGCGCCUUUUGGAAUAUGAUUUUGGCAGUAAGACAACUUUUAUUUUGAAGGCGAACGUUCUGUUUCCGGUUUGCACUGCACUUUUGAAGUUUCAUUAUCGCUCAGUGGUUAGUUAGCGAGUGUUUUCAGACAAGCCAGCACCUGUGAUGCAAAAUAUCAUUAAUGCGAGUACUUAAAGCAAUAACAAGAAGUUUUUUGGUGCAGUACCCUGGUUGUGAACAAUUUUGUGAAUACACAUUUUCCCCUAGCAGCUGGAGGUUGCUGGGGGUGGUAAAUGGUAAAUGGACUGUACUUAUAUAGUGCUUUUCUACUCUAUUUGAGUUAUGCGUUAUUUUGUGCAUUUUUGUGCAUUUUUAAAAAAUACUUUCUCUAUCAGAGUGACCGGGAACUGAGGGAAGUCAGAGUAUUAAGAGGAGGAGCUGAUUUUGGUCUUUUCAUGGGAUUUGUGGACAGUAAGAAAAACAUUAUUAAAUUGAAAUCAUGGCUUUGAUGAGAUUGUAUUUCAGGUGUCGAGGCAGUGAAAAGUGUAAAAAUCUAAGAUUUAAUAGUUUGAGAGUGAGCAGAAGUGUUGUUUCAAGUAUCAAGUAUCUUGUAUAAAAUAUUUGUUACUUUUUAGAUUAUGCACCGCCUCUGUUUAUUGUAUCCAGCACAUGUAUUAUGCAAUAAUAAGAAUGGGAGAAUUUUUUAAAAUGUAUUUAAAAUCCUUUUUAAAAAUGACUGUUGGCUUUGGCCAGUGUUUUUUGGCACAACACAAUGCAAGGAUUUGAAAUGAUAUUUUUAGACCCUUUUGUAUUCUGCUUUACAUUUUGAGGUAACACUGAUAGAAAUGAACAGCUGAUGGAGUCACAUGGUUGUAUUAACCAUUUUAGGGAUGCGCCAAUGAAAAAUAACUGAGCUGUUUCGAAGUUUCAUCUCUUUGGACGUUUAUUCAGAGUAAAAACUGAUGGAGUGGCAACAGAUAAAAGACAGCCAGUACCAUCAGCUUUGUGCCAGCCUGUGGUGGGAUGAUGUCUUUAAGCUGUAACUUGGAAAUGUGAGCUUUGGAAAGCGGAUCGUUGUGUCCGUUCUUCCGCUGAACGAGUGGAUCAUUGCCAUUUUUUUUUUUACACCUUUCUACCUGAUACUACCGCCAAGUUAACAGUCACUGUAUGUAUUUUCUCAGUUUCUUUUAUUAGUGUGCAAAGGCCAAAAUAAAAACAAUUUCAAAAUGAUGAGGCCGAAUGCUUCAUCCGUCCUUUCAAAGUUUUUGAACUUUUUUUUUUUUUUUGGAGGGGGGGGGGGGUGCACUUUGAGUCCACUCUGGCUCCUAUAGUUUUUGUUCACGUUGUAAAUUUUCAAAUUGCGCCUGUGGGAUAAAACAAAAACACACGAGGAAUCCAGGAAUUUCCAAAGUGAAAGCUGGAUUUUUUAUUUCUGGCCUUCUUCCACUUCCUCCCUGCUCUAUCAGUUGUACAUCUAUGCCUUCGUUAGUACAAACACUGAAAGGUGUCACGGCUCAGGAUGCAGCCGGUGAACCUGCUGUCUGUCUGCGGUCAUGCUUUGCUGAACUUGUUAUCCUCGGGGACAAUAGAGACCCAACACAAGCUCCCAUCAACUCCAGAGAUGUUUUGUGGAUGUUUGAGAGGGCACUGAUUCUUUUUCUUUUUUUACACUGAUGAAGAGUUUUAGUGAUUAUGUAAAUUAAAAUGUGUUAAUCAAUUCUGGCUUUUAAAGGGUAGCUGGAAUCCCCUCAUUAACAAUGAAUUAAAUGGGUGUUUAAUGUUUUUGGCAAUGAUUUUAGUCACAAACAGGCAUUUCCAGUCCCGUGAAGCCCUUUAGAGUUUUUUACUCAUCAUUUUUGUGUAAUCCAGGUUUCUAUUCUGACAAAUACAGCAGGUAGAAGCCAGACAAGUUUAGCAUCAUGAGAAAAAGAUUUUCUAAUGAGCUGGAGGAAAGAAAAUUAGAGCUAAUAGAGUGAAUGUUACAUUUACCAGGUGAACAGAAAGACAGAAUGAAAAAGAGGCCCAUGGAUGUGGAAGCUGCUAACAUCUCUAUGACGUAAAUAUAUCAAGACAUGUUUCUGGCUAAUAAUAAAGGAAUGAAACUUCAACAUAUGAUCAAUGGUUUCUAUCAGACUUUUAAAGCCCUUUAAGCUGAUUGGUUAAAUGAUUCUUCUUGGGAGUUAUAGCUAACACUUUUAGUGUUACAGUAUGUGCUCUGUAUGCUGUUUUUCCUGCAGCAUUUUCUCUGCAAAGAUUCAACUGAAAAGAUUAAUUUUCUGCUGCACAUGCUGAUAGAGACAGAUACAUUGUCUCUGCAUGCGAAGUUAUGAAAGCAGUUUUACGUGCAUAUUUUUAAGCUUGAACUUCUGUGUAUUUUCCAUUUGUUUUAAAAGGAGUGACUUCAUGGUCACUUCAUCUUGGCAGAGAGUUUAGCUGAAAAGCUUCAGUUGAUCUGACUGUGCAGUAAUUAUGAAGUUAAGGCGAGUAGCUGACUAACCGAACUUUGCAAAUCGACUCGAAACCGGGAAUCAACCAGUCCAACUCUGCCGUCAGGCACCUUUGGAGAUCAAAAAUAAACAUUUUAUGAAUCAUUUGCUGUAAGAAAACCUUUUUUGCAACUAAAAAUGCACACGCAACAUGCAUAUCAAUUAAGUGAAAAACCAAAUUGUUUUUAGAAUAUUUAAAACAAUACUGCCAUUUUCCAAAAAUGUAUAUUAAGAAAAAUCUUUAAAUUAUUUUACCUCAUUUCCAUCACACCUGUCAUCUCAAACCUGAUUAUGAUUAACCAGCAUCUUAAGCAUCUCACAUUAUGAGAGAGUAAAUCAUAAUUAUGAGUCAAGGUCUCCACUUUUGGAGUGAUAUUUCCAGCACUUUGUGUAUGAAAAAUACAGCAAGUUACAGUUUUUAAUUGCAGUUCAGCAUUCAGUGAGUUUCUCUGGAAUCACGUGUCCCACCUCUCUGGGAGUGGUGCUAUUGUCCCUUUGUAUUAUUGUAUAUAGAUUACACUUUGCUUUUGGACUAAAUUUUAAAACUUUGUACUGUACAGUCUCGAAUGCCAAACACAAUAUUUCAGCCUUUUCUCAUUUUAAUAUUAUAUUCUUAGAGGUCUCAUCUCAGUGAGUCGCCACUUGAGUUUUCAAGCUUGACUGUCUAAUUUUACAACUUCUUUUUUAAAAUAUGUAUAUAUAUAUAUA